AUGCACUAUAUCGGAAACGCAUUGUACUGUAUUGACCUUCUGUCGGACAUAUCGGAUGGUGCCCACUGUCAGGAUGAAGAAGGGGAUGCAAAUGAAUGCAGCAUGGAAGCGAUCAAAAUUCAUUUGGUAAUAGAAGAUUAUUUAGGUCCACUCCAGUGGCGGAGGGAUAUGGUUAUCGAUGCGACUUCCUUAGGUUGGGGCACCAGAGUGAAAGGCUUCGUUGCUUGCUUUGCAAUAGGAUGUCUGUGCUCGCUCUUGGGUAGUUGUCUGCUAUGGGUACCAAAGAAAGGGCUGAUGCUCUUUGCAGUCUUUUAUACACUGGGGAAUAUUGCAUCUAUUGGGAGCACUCUUUUUCUUAUGGGACCAAUGAAACAGCUGAAAAGGAUGUUUGAGCCUACGCGUUUGAUUGCUACUGUUGUUAUGCUAUUGUGUCUCAUACUAACACUGUGUUCUGCUUUCUGGUGGCGUAAGGAAGGGCUUGCGCUCCUGUUCUGCAUCUUACAGUUUUUUGCCUUGGCAUGGUACAGCAUUUCCUUCAUACCAUUUGCAAGGGAUGCUGUGAAGAAAUGUGUUUCGGUCUGUCUGACUUAACAGGAAUACUGGAUGCUUCACUAAGUUCUAGGAAGUAUAGCAGAGCUAUGUUGAGAUCACUGUGUAUGUAUUUUCCUACUUCUGUCUUAAACAUGUGCCUUUCAGCUUGUUGUUAGAAGCUCCUUGUGUUAAAUCCAGUGUAUGCAAUUGCUGGGUUUUGUAAGCAAUGGUGUCUGUAGGACAGGGUGCUCGUGAUCAAAUGAAGUUCAGUCU